GGCUGACGUUCCCGACUUUGACUUUGGUAUCCCUACCGUUAUCUCUGAUAUCCCGACUGGUGGCCUUGACUUCACUCCUUGUGAAAUCCCUGGUCCGUCUCAACCUGACGCCAACCCUUUCGGCUACAACAACGCCGGUCUGCCUUACUUUGGUCAGUCUAACUUCGGCCAGUACGCUCCUGCUCCUAUGAUGCCUCAGCAAUACAUGCCUACGUAUGCUCCUCAGUACCACCCAUGAUGCCUAUGAUGCAGGCUCCGAUGCCCAUGCCCAUGCAAGCCCCUGGUUUCUCUUUCACUCCUGCUCCUGAAGCUCCUACGUACCCCGCUCCCGCAGAUAACGAUGUCGACAUGUCCGGUGUUCCGUCCACUCCUCUGAGAAGGUCUGGUAGAAAUGCUGCUGGCAAGAAGACUACCUAUCAAGACCCUACCAGUCCCUCACGCGAUGCAACUCCUGCCAAACGUCAAAAGCGUACCCUUUCUAAGGUCGCUAGACCUGCUAUUGAGCUGAAGGCUCCUAUCAGUGUUCUGACUGCUGAUCUAGGCUCCCCCAAGGACAUGCUAGCUUUCGCCAAUCGUUCCAUCGCUGUAAGACACGCUGAAGCUGCCAAGCGCGGUAAGACUCCUAGACCUCUCAACAGGUUCGUUUGUUAUCGUUCCGCUUAUUCUGACCUUACCACGAAGUGGGCCUCCUCCAGUGAUCAUCGAAACAUUUCUUGCAUUCUUGGUGCUAGUUGGAAGAUCGAGCCUCAAAGCAUUAUUAACCAGUUCGACAAGAUUGCUGCUCUGGACUUUGCCAACCACAUGAAGGCUUUCCCUACCUACAAGUAUCUUUCCGGUCAAUCUCGAGGAACCAAGCCUGUCAAGCCUAGAACGACUCCUCAACCCAAGAAGCAGCGCCAGCCCAAGAAGUACGCAGGAAGACCAUGCGCUCGCCCCGUCUGCCUUAAAAGCGACUACAACGAGAUGACUCCCAUCCCUCAAUCACCCACAAUCACGUUGAACGAUGAGGACAUCAUGUCCGAAGGCGAUGAUGAUAUGGCUGAUCUGUUUGGCGGUUCGUCCCCCUCUACUCCUAAGUCUACCCGCGCUCCCACUCCCUCUCCUACUCCUUCGAGAUACAACCUCCGUCAUAGGCAAAUUUCGACCACCGUCUUUCACAAGUAAAUUCUAUACCCUGCUAACAUCCAGAACCCCCUCAAGUCCAAUCUCCGCUAUAGAUAAGUCUCUAACCUACCAGGUGAGUCUUCCACUGUUUGAAUCACGCUUGAAGUUU